AAAAAAAAAGCCAGAGGAGGAGGAGGAGGCGCAUGUGGAGGAGAGAGAGAGAAAGAGAGAAUGCGGGACUCUUGGAAAAAAGACGCAUCUACACUCGGUCCAUCCAUCCCGGACACAGGCUGUAAAGGAUUACGCUGAACUCCUGAUGGUGAUGAUGCUGGGAUCUCCCUGUUAAGCUCAACUAAAGAGACUCGUAUUUUCUGCUGUAUGAGAAGAUAUCAAAGAAAGUCGCUCUGAAAAGCACUCUUGUCUCCUCAUAACUUACGUGAAGGAAUCCGACGGCUGGCACGUUGCUUCCACUGCAGAGAGGAAAACAAAGAGGGUCUGAAUCAAAAGGAUGGGUUUUUUGAUAUCUACAUGGCCGGAAAAGCCCAGCAAGACAGCGAAUUUAUUAUUAGAGAAGUUCAAGCAGUGCUGCUGAGUGGACGAGGAGCUUAAAAGGGAGAAAAGGAACCUGCACAGCUGAAGUGAAGUACUGAGAGAGUGCGAAAGCUUGUCUCCGGACCUCAGGCGGGAGUCCGCAGAGAGCGAUAGGGAGAAGGAGGCAAGAAAGGAUAAAUCAAACACCCACGCUACGAGGUACACCGGACCACAAAACAGCAAUAAAAAGAGAAGACAAGCCACAGCUUGGAGGCAGACAGAGCUCGGAGUAGAGAGGCGUGAGGAAGAAGGAAGCCAUGCAGAGGCUUGGUGCAGUGCACUCCUCCGCGGCGCAGGCUUUCAGCCUCGUGGUCUUAGUGCUGCAGCUGCUGACUCAGCUACCGGGUGCCGACUCAGCUCUCCGGUACCGGGUGGCGGAGGAGGGCCCACCUGACGUCAAGAUCGGAAACGUGGCCGCCGACCUGGGCCUGACAGCAGGAACAGGAAGCGGGGAUGUCACCUUCGCCCUGGAGAGCGGCUCAGAGUACUUCAAGAUUGACAACGUGACAGGUGAGCUGACCACAGGCCCACGGCGCAUCGACAGAGAGAAGCUCCCACAGUGUCAAAUGAUUUUUGAUGAAAAUGAGUGCUUCUUGGACUUUGAGGUGUCAGUGAUAGGGCCACUGCAGAGCUGGGUAGACCUCUUUGAGGGUCGUGUGGUCAUAACAGACAUCAAUGACAACACACCCUCCUUCCCUUCACCUGUGCUCCAGCUGUCAGUAGAGGAGAAUCGCCCAAUAGGAACUCUGUAUCUUCUGCCCACAGCGACAGACAGAGAUUUUGGGCGAAAUGGCAUAGACCGCUAUGAGCUCAUCCAAGAUGGUGGAGCUGGGUCAAGUUCAACAAGACGCGCAGCAGGAGGAAACCCCAUUACUAGAGUGGAUGGCCUUGGGGAUCGGAGGAGUAGAAGUGGGGAUAACGGAGGAGGAGGAGCCAGGAGCACUGUGUUUGAACUACAAGUCGCAGAUAUACCAGAUGGCGAAAAGCAACCUCAGCUCAUCGUGAAAGGCACAUUAGAUCGAGAGCAAAAGGACUCUUAUGAGCUCGUCCUCAGGGUCAGAGAUGGAGGGAGCCCUCCACGUUCCUCACAAGCACUCCUUCGUGUUUCAAUCACUGACGUGAAUGACAACAACCCACAGUUUGAGAGGUCCACGUAUGAAGCAGAGAUGGCCGAAAACGCACCUCCAGGCACACCUGUCCUCCAGGUAAGAGCUUCAGACCGCGACAUCGGCGUCAAUGGGCAGGUGGAGUACGUCUUCGGAGCUGCCACUGAAUCUGUCAGGCGACUUCUGCGGCUAGAUGAAGCAACUGGAUGGCUGAGUGUUCUCCACAGGAUCGAUAGGGAAGAAGUGGCUCAGCUGAGGUUCACGGUAACAGCCAGAGAUCGCGGUCAGCCGCCACGCACUGACCGCACCACUGUAGUUCUGGCAGUCCGAGAUGAGAACGACAACGUCCCAGUGGUGGAGAUCAGGAAGAUCGGGCGCAUCCCUGUCCGAGAUGGAGCGGCGCUGGUGCCUGAGAAUGUUCUGGUGGACACACCUGUAGCUCUGGUGCAGGUGUCAGACCGAGACCAGGGGGAGAACGGAGCUGUGACAUGUACCGUGGUAGGAGAUGUCCCAUUCACACUGAAGCCAGCUGGUGAAACAGCUCUCCCACCACUGCCUGCAGAUGAAGCCUUUGACAGAAAUAAGAAAAAAUACUUCCUGCACACUUCUGCCUUACUGGACUAUGAGGUCACCAAAGAAUACAGUGUCACCAUUGUGGCAGUUGAUUCUGGCAGCCCCAGUCUAUCCAGCAACAGUUCACUCAUGGUGCGAGUGGUGGACAUCAAUGACCAUGCGCCAACCUUUGCCCAAAGCGUUGUGGAGGUGCACUUUGCUGAGAACAACUCACCUGGUGAGCGUGUAGUCACUGUGGUGGCCUCAGACGCUGACAGUGGCAAGAAUGCAGAGAUCGCUUACUCUCUGGACUUAGCUGCCAAUGGGCCAUUUUACAUUGAUGCUGAUAAUGGAGAUAUCCGGGCCACUGGGGUUCUGGACCGCGAGCAGCAAGAGAGGUAUGAACUCCGAGUUAUUGCCAAGGACAAAGGUACCCCAUCUCUGCAAGGGUCUGCUACUGUUGUGGUUCAGGUGACUGAUCGCAAUGACAACGCACCAAAGUUUGUUCAGGAAAUCUUUACUUUCUAUGUGAAAGAGAACUUGCUCGCCAACAGCCCAGUUGGCAUGGUCACUGUGACAGAUGCUGACGAAGGUGAGAAUGCAGAGCUCAGUUUGUUUGUAGAGAUGGAUGGAGCUGAUGGCAAGAAAACAGGAGAGAAGUUGGAAGGAGAAGAAGGCCAGAAAGAGCAAGAAGAUGUGUUUUCCAUUGAGAACAACACUGGAACUAUCUUCUCUUCUGCUUCAUUUGACCGUGAAAAGCUUUCCACCUACACUUUCCGUGUCCGAGCUGUGGAUGGUGGAGAACCCCGCAAAACUGCCACAGCAACUGUCUCACUCUUUGUGACAGAUGAGAAUGACAAUGCUCCUUCAAUCACCUCUCCAGCCAAUGAGUCCUACACCCUCCUUCCACCUGCCAGCAGUGCCCGCACCAUUGUCAGGACUGUUACAGCCUUGGACUCAGACACUGGUCCAAACGCUGACCUUCGCUAUGCAUUAGUUGGGGGAAAUCCUUUCAGAUUGUUUGAGAUUGGCCACACCAAUGGAGUGAUCACCUUGGCAGAACCUUUGGAGCGACGCCACAGAGGUCUGCACCGCCUUGUGGUCCGGGUCAAUGACAGUGGAAUCCCCUCGCUCUGUGCCACCGCUCUGGUUCAUGUGUUCAUCAAUGAGAGCUUGGCCAACGCCACCCUGGUGGAUGCACAGGUGGCUCGAAGUUUGAUGGCUCCACUCUCCCUGGACAUUGCAGGCGACCCAGACAGUGAGCGUGCAUUAGGGAAACAGCGCCUCAGUGUAGCUAUCGGCGUCCUGGCUGGGGCUGCGGCGGUUAUCUUGGUCAUCCUCCUCGUGGUCACAGCUCGGCAGUGUGGCGCGCAGGGCAAGAACGGUUAUGAGGCCGGGAAGAAGGAGCCAGAGGAAGACUUCUUCAGUCCUCCUGGGGCUCAACCACACAUCAACCGUGGCAGGGGAUCAGACCGAGGGCGCAAACCUCGGCGAGACAAACGCAAUGGAAGUGGUGGCGGUACUGCCACAGGAGGAGGAAAGACAGACAAGUCACUCUACAGUGGCAUCGUCACAGUCAACGGGCUUCGCCGCCAUGUUAAUGAUGACGACGAGGAGGAUUUGAGCAGUGCGAGUGAGCGCUUGGCCGCCCGCUACUCUGUUGUGGACGGUGAUCCCGGCAGCCCACGAAUGGGCGGCGGAAGGAGGCACCAGUCGAGCCCAGAUCUCGCCAGACACUACAAAUCAAGCUCACCUCUUCCUGCAGUGAAUCUACAGCCCCACUCCCCCCCAGCAGAGGGUAAAAAGCACCAGGCGGUCCAGGACCUGCCUCCUUCCAACACCUUUGUGGGCAGUGGGGGAUGUGUGGGCAGUGCCGGCUCCAGCAGCAGCAGUAGUGGGGGCAGUGGAAAUGCAGAUGCCAUGUCCCUGGGAUCUGACCAGUGCUCAGAGUACGGCUGCCAGACUGGGAACAAGUACAGCAAACAGGGGACCCUUCGCCGGGUGACCUUCUCGGUAGUCAGCCAGCCCCAGGACGGCGGCUGCUAUGACAGUGGCCUGGAGGAUUCAGAGACGCCGAGCAGCAAGAGCUCAUCAGGGCCGCGGUUGGGAGCCCUGCCACUGCCCGAGGAGGGCUACGAGCGGACCACACCCGAGGGCAGCGUGGGGGAGGAGGAGCAUGUGGAGAACGAUGCCAGACAGCUGCCUGACGUAGCUCUGACAGGAAAGUGCACUAGGGAGUGUGAUGAGUUCGGCCAUUCCGACACCUGUUGGAUGCCCGUUCGUCGUUCCCCUCGUCAGCGCCAGCGCCACGGCAGUGACCCUCCUCGACUUUCCACCUUCGCCCCUGGAGACGACAACAACAAUCUCCGUGGUAACGACCAUGAGAGCGACAGCGAAAGUGCUGGCAGUGCAGGGAGCUCUGAACCCGGGGUUGUCGUCAGCGGAGAAGCCCAGAGGCUACCUUUAGCAAAUGGCGAUCCUCUCGGCACCCUGGGGAGGGGAGACCGCAACAGAAACAUGGGCGAUCAUAACCGUAACCUUUUGAACCGCAAGAUGACUUCGGCAUCUUAUGACACAUUCAGCAGCGCAGGCUUCGGGAGGCGCCAGCCGGAGGAAGAGGGAGGAGAGGGCCAGAAUCCACCAGAGGUCAUACCACUGACGCGGACAGGAGGGGAUUACAAGACCACGUCCUGCCUCACGUUGUCACGCCGCGAGGUGUACCUGUGACAGCCACGCAACAGAGCAAUCAUUACUACAGCAGCCUUCUUCUCUGAUAAAGAGGGAGGGUUAAAACCUUACUGGCAGGUCAUCAGAUUGGAUGGCCUUUUAAACCUGUGAAGAUGAGAAAAUGUCAGAAAAGAUAAGCUAUAUAUCAAAUUUGAACUUUGGGAUCCUGACUAAUAUUUAUAGGCACUUAAACUUAAUCGAGUGAUGAAUCAACUCCUCUUAGACUUUAUUGAAAACAAUCUUUUUUUUAACUACUGGUGAAAGUUGCCUGCAGGCAAAGAUGCUAUUAUGUCCAUGUGGAGGAGGACAAAUUCCUCUGCUCUUCUUUUUUACCUGAUCUGAUGCAUGCCUGACCUUCUGCCACAGAGGGGUCCGUGAAAGAAGAGGAGAGAGUAAAUCCUGACGCUACAAAUGGCUUGGUUCUUACAAAAAAACUAAUAUGGAGGCUACAGCAGGCUAGAUAUGGACUCAACUGGUGAACCAUCUGCUUGAAAACCACUGAGGUCUUAUCCAUCAGAACAGAUAAGAAGAUGUAAAAGGUCUUUGAUUAUGUUAUUUGGAUGUGAUUCAAACCAGUCAAACUUUCUAUUGCCUAAUCAGCUCUAUCUUAACACAAGAUGAGGAUAUUAACCAAUCAAACUGCUGCGAAUCUUACACAAGGAAUCAAAGCAACAACACAAGUGUGAUCACUGUACAGUCAGAAAAAAGAGCUGAUCUCCAAAAUCAGGUAUUGUUCAUAAAAAACAAACAAUGUGACAUUAGAGAUGUUUUUUUUACAGAAAUCAAAUGUAACCAUUCAGAAAACAAGGCUCUCAUAGCGUCAGUAGUGCCACAGUGUGAAAAAUGUGUUUAUUGUUUCGCCUUCACACCCAGUCUGUAUGUAUAUAACGUAUGUGUGUAUUUGAUAAAACGGCAGCGUUAUCUCUGCUGCUGUCCAGCAUUUCAGAGCAGACUGAGGUGUGGAGCUCACUGCUCACCUACAGAACAUAGUUCAUCUACAUCCUCUUACACUUACACAAGCAUGCACACACCUACACAAGCAUGCAGACUACAACUCAUACAGCAUUUACAGAAUGUGAACAUGCAUAGGGCCACAAUUUAUGACAUGAUUAUGUGGCAGUGUAACAUAAAUUAGAUAUGACUUGCAUUAACACUCACACACACACACAGCAUCAUAAGUAGAAGGACAAAUCCAUAUGAAGAUAUGUGAAAUCCAUAUACACUAUGUGUGUAUGUGCUCUUAUCAUAAUUUUUACAUAUUGCCUCUCAUUGAUCUAGCUGUAGCAUUUUGCCUGCUCCUCCUCAGCCAGUAUUUAAACAUGAAAUGUAUUUAAAUAUCGACUCAUCUCUCUGACUGAUGUGUGGGGUGACAUUAAAGGGAAUUUUAAACAUGACAUCAACUGUAUGUAAUGAUAAGACAAUGUGGGAAUAUGAGAUAUUCCGCAUACUGUAAGUAGGACUGAUAGAAAAACCAAAUUUAUGUAAGAAAAAAAGGAAAAAAGGAAAAAAAAGGCCUGCAUGAACGACAGAUAAUGCUAACUUUUUUUCUCUCUUUUUAAAACCACACGCCUUUUUGGAUACCACGCCUAUUUGGAUACAUCUGUGCUAUAUGUGUGCGCUAAAGGGGAAGUGAAGAUAAUGAUGGCGACAAGGGAGUUAGUAUCAGUGGAUUAAACUCUUCCUUCUUUUAUCACGGAGCGAGUUCUGGGGUUAACCUUGGGCCUCAAAAUCUCACUUUCCCAGGCCAGGGUUGGCACAAAGUGUGCCGAAGGCUUAUUACAAAUAAGAACACAAUGUAGUGCGAACGCAGAGUUCUGCUGCUGCACCCUUUUUUCACCGCACAGUGCCGACCUGAACGUACCCCGACCACUGUGCUGAAUGGCACAGAUAACAGGCUCCUUCACGUUCGUCCUUCCCAACAGCGACUCCGCAUCCACUCUGCUGCACUGGGCUGAAGGGUGGGUGUGGAUCGAGGCCAGCACAUCUUAAUUCCCAUCAUCAGUGUGUGGUUCAGUGGUGUGAUAGGGAUAAUAGGGUUAGGUCGUCCCUGUGGUCUUAAUGAGUUUCCUUUCUCCUCUCUUGAUCUGCACUGAUCUCAUUAAUGUCUGGAUUGGUGAAUGUAACACUGCUGGAAAAUGCCAAGAAGUGUGGCUCCUCAUUUUUCUGCUUGUUUGGGAUCAGAUAAGGGAAAGAGGAGGCAUGCUUGUUUUAAAUGUGCUACAAUUUAGUUUAUUGAUCAUUCAACUAAAGAUUGCGAAGGGUCAAUCAGAAAAAAGAGAGCAACAGUUAUGUAAGAUGCACAAUGUUUAUCUCCAAGCAAGAAGUAGCAUCCAAUCUUGCAACACUAACUUGGCAGAAAAAUGUGUAUGCCAAGGCCGAGAAAUGUGUGAGCUGAUGUCUUUGUAUACCUGUAUAUAACUUCAACUUGGCCGCUCCGUCACUGACCCCCUUUAUCUCGUUUUAGGCCACUGAUGUACUUACUCCCUAAGCUGUCAUUACCCUCAAAUCCCCAGCAUGGCUGUUUACUGAGCUCUGUUAUUGAGAGACUGUGCUUAGGAUGAAACAAAACUCAAGGCCUCAACAUGUGGAGUUAAUCUGUCCGUGGAGUGUUCACAUUGAAAAAGGGAUUGGUGAAAACAAUCACAAACAUCCUGCAGGGUACGUUCGCGCAGGCAGAAGGACGCACGCUCUUUCUCUGGGAGAAAGUGUCUCAGUCCAUGAAAGGCCUUGAAGUCUAGUUUGGGAAGAGACUCUUAACACAGCCUUGCCUCCUCAACAUGACGGAUAUUUUCUUCAAACUGCUGUUUUAAGGCAGUAACAUUGUGGCACCUUUUCAAACCCUCCCAUCUGGAUUUAAGGGAACUUGUAAAUGAACCUGUGUGGGUGUGUAUCUUUUUAUACUGCACGUUUAAACAUGAAUAUGUUUCAGCCUACUGCAAAACACAAAGGGGAGACAGAGAAGGGAGCGCUAUGUCUGACAUGUAUCAUCCACUAAAAUCAAGACUUAAAAAAAAAAAAAACAGACACUCCAGCGCACAUCAUGAACCUGUCAUCCCCCUCGUGCUGUUACUCUUAUAGCCAUGUACAGAUGAAACUACACUGUAGAAACAGACAAGUGGAAACCAUAACAGACUAUGGCAUGCUUAAGGUCUUCAAAUCUGCACUUGAGAAGAAAAUGAGAAAAAACUGUUAUUUUUUAUUUUCCUUCUUCUUUGUUUUCUUUUCUUAUGAGGCUGGCUGUGUUUUUGGCUGCCUCCUGUAAUUACUUAUGAACUAAUUGUGUUUGCUAUGACGAGGAAGAAGAGGAGCUGUGGACGAAAGGUUUGGUAUGAAGAUGAAUCAUGUAAAAGUUUGACUUUGACAUUAAAAACUUUAAACACUGUU